GUACCCCGGGCCAGAUUCAUCGAAUUCGCUCAAUGUGCCUCCUUGACAUCAAAUUACGCCGUAGCAAGGAUGCAGCGCAUGCGUGGUCUUUCAGUACGUCCGGUAGAGCAGUAAACUAGUUGGACAUUUCGCUAAGUUUUGUGAAGUGAACAACAAACGUCUACGCUUAUGUUUUUACACGAGUCCGGUCGGAGGAAUGAACGAGAUUUUAGGUGUGGGUCUUAAAAUGGGAUUGUUUUUGCACGUUGUCGCUGUCAGCCCCUCCGACGCGACAUUAGACGAGAGCCUACUGCACUGUGAGGGGCUGAACAACCAGAGCUAUGUCUGUGAAUCGGGACACUGCUGUGGGGAGUCAGAGUGCUGCAGUUACUACUAUGAACUCUGGUGGUUCUGGCUGGUGUGGGUCAUCAUCUUCAUCCUGAGCUGCUGCUGCGUGUGUCACCACCGGCGCACCAAGCACCGGCUGCAGCAGCAGCAGCGCCAGCACGAGAUCAACCUCAUCGCCUACCGCGAGGCGCACAACUACACCUCCGUUCCGUUCUACUUCAGGUUUCUUCCAAAUUCCCUCCUACCUGACUAUGAGGAGGUGGUGAACCGCCCUCCCACCCCUCCCCCUCCCUACAGUGUCUUCCAUACAGCCAGCCCCCUGCCCACGGACCCACAGGACGGACUGGGACACUGCCCGACCAUCCAGACCACUCCGGUCCCCCCAGUGUCCGACACCCUCUGCUCCAGGCCGAUCCUGGAAGAGCCCCACCGCACUGGGGCUCCCACCAUUGGCUACAACAGACACAAGGCAGACAAUAAGCCUCAGGAGCCCCAGGAUGGUGGACCAGGGCUAGGGCCCCAGGAUGGUGGACCAGGGCUAGGGCCCCAGCAGGCCUCUACAGAGGAGCCUGGAAGCCCAGAGAAGAAUUGCAAGGAGCCUCUGUUACUCGGGGACCUAGGGGGGCCCGAGAGCGGUGCCCAGGAGGACAAAGAUAAUAGGGGGGCCCUUGGGCGGCGGCGCCGUUUCACUGGUGACUCGGGUAUCGAGGUGUGCGUAUGUGACCGUGGUGGUAGUACCCGUAUUGGGAGCCAGGAGGGCAAGGAGCUGAGGGAGAAGGAUAGCCUGAUGGGGGAGCAGGAAGGAGGAGACUUCUGCGACGGAUGCGGUCACCCCGCUCCGGGAGUGGAAGAGGGGCAGGCCCUAGCCCUGGAUGGACCCGAAAGUAGGUCGGAGUGCGGGUCGGCGACAGGGUCCAACUCCCCGCCACCACCCGCCAUGACGCAACCCACCCAGCCCCCGGUGUGCCUGCUCCUCCACACCAUCAAUGAGCUUGAGGGGCCCCCUCACCAUGGCAACAGCACAGAGCCCCAGGGCUGAGCUACGCUAAGCUAAAGCACAUCUUCACCGAGGAGGGAGAGGGAACCAGGAGUGGGAGUCAAGACUUUAGUGUGUGUGUGACUGUCUGAGAUCGUGUGUGUGUGUGUGUGAGAAGAGUAGGAAGUUGUAUUUUAUCCCAGAGUCUGGACUUAAAGGCCUGAUGUUGAUAGCUAAAGCCCCUUUGGCAUACUGUAAUGGUGGCCUUAACUGCAAUGUACAAGGAAACACCAACCUGCCUACAGACUGCUAACGGCAUAAAUGUCCUCCUUUGUCUGUCUUUACCAAGAGGAGGCGAAAGGAGAUUGUGUUAAGACUUGUGCAAGCUGGGGGAGAUUGAUAGUCUGGUCAGUGGAUGCUAACCUGACGUUUGGUGCGACUGCAGUAUAGUGUAAAUACACACUGGUGCAACUCUAGUCUGGUCCCAGAUCAGUUUGUGCUGUCUUGCCAACUCCUAUGCUCAGUGUACCAAGCUGGUGAAAAUCACCGCAGCUACUUCCUGUGUCUGUUCACAGGAAGGAACAUCCUGGACAAAUACGCUGAAGAGGUACAGGAACAUUGUCAAGCAGUGCAGUGUGGAUCGUCAUGGCGACGAUGUGUGCUUAUGUAAUGUGAUAGUCCCAGUCGGUAUGUAAUAGAACGUGGUGGCCCUGCCUGCCUGUGGGGAAAACAACCCAUGGUUACUUUGGUUACCCCAUUGGCUCACAGCAAAAACUUGACCUUUUUCCAAAAGCUAUUUUCUUGUCUGCUUGUUUUAGUCAAUUACAAAAAUACAUUUAAGAAAAGUACAAUGUGUGGAAAGAUUACUAUUCAACUUUGCCUGCUCCUGAGCGUUCUCACUACUUAGAAAAAUGUAAUGUUGUUGGCGCUUCCCUCGUUUUCAUGACAGCACUAAUGUUAACCGGGUGAGUGUGUGCUAGCUAGCUACCAACCAGAACAGGACUCUCCAACCCUGUUCCUUGGUGAGCUAUCCUCAUGUAGGUUUUCACUCCCAACCCUGUUCCUUGGUGAGCUAUCCUCCUGUAGGUUUUCACUCCCAACCCCAGUUGUAACUAAUCUGAUUGGGUUUAUAAACAGCUCAUUUUUUAGAAUCAGGUGUGCUAGAUUAGGGUUGGAGUGAACCCACAGGACGAUAGCUCUCCAGGAACAGGAUUGGAGAGCCCUGAACCAGAACAUUAAGCUAGCCAACGCAAACAAACGGACUAGCUAUAAAGCUACAAGUAGUGAGUGGAGUUCCAAACGGACUGUACUAAGCAAGUUAAAUGUCUUACCUGUGAUAAAAUAUUUUCCACACACGUAGCUAAAGUGUAGCCUACUUUGACACCGGGUCCCCACAAUUUCUCACUCUUCCACACCGAAUAGCCUGAAGCCACAGGGCUCUUCUCGCUGGCUCUAUUUCCGUAGGUCGAGAUUUUUGACCUAGUUACAUUUGUAUAACAAAAAAUGUACUACGAAGUUGGCUCUUUUACAGUCGGGGUCAAUGGGGAAAGAACGUUUGUUUUCCCCAAUUGGUGGGCGUUGUCGAGGGCAAUUAAUUCUAAUUACAUGAAUACUGACUCAGAGUAUACUGUACAGGAAGAGCCUGAUGCAAAACACUGCUUCGCAUAAGACCUUUAGCCUUAUGGUUUUUACUCUCCUACAACCCUGUUUUCACAGAGACCCAAGUGCAUUAACACGUUUCGUGUGACACAAUAAUAUUUUUAUUUUGCACAUAAAUAUAUGUAACUAAUAAGGGAGACAAAGAAAUGAAUCAAACAUUAAAAAAAGUUCUAUCUGCAAAUCCUGUCUUUUUUUUUUUCCCCCCUCAUUUUUAUUUUACAUUGAAUCAGUUAAUAUUUGUUUUGUAAAGGAUGGUUUUCUAAUGUGUCGUUGAGAUGAAUUCUACAUGGAUAAAAACACAACACUUACCACAUUCAGUAUGGGCCUCUAUCGGUGUCUAGGACGUGAUUGGUUCCUCUCAGAGAUAUUGAUUACAUGAUUGUAUUGUGCAUCUCUGAGAAACUGUCAUGUUUGCGAUAGCUCGCAAUGAUUGUGCAUUAGUGAAACUUACAGGUCCGUAGGAGAAACGGGUACAAAAAAAAAAAACGUUUAGUUACGAGAACCAAGCUAUCAUAAGUGCUUUUUAUAGGCCUAUUAUGCAUUAGGUAUAAACAAAUAGAAUAUUCUAUAAUUGUGGUACAACAAAGGUAAACUUGUGCAUUUUGGACGGAUGUCUUUGUCAACUCGUAAUGAAAUUGUAAAGCUUUUGAUCGACAUAUUGGAAAGUUGUGUAUUAUAAUAUCAUACAACGCAUUUCUGAACCAAACGAGCUACUUUUAAAUCUGUCAUAGCAAAUUGUCAGUCUACAAUCAUUAGUUUUUUUUUAGUUAGUGAAUGAUUCAUUUCUAUUUUAUUUUAAUAAAUAACUUACUAUUGUUUUGUUGAGUAUAGAAUUGUUUUACUCUUGAAACAUUCAAUCUCCUUCAAUCACCUUCAAUCAAUCAAAAGAAGGUGAAGAUACAGGGAACUCAAUGCACAGAUUAAGUGACCUAUUGAAUGAGGUGACAAUAUUGUAUUGUGAAUAAUGGACAUCAUGCCAAAGAUAUUAUGCUGUUUCCACACGGGAUGUAAGGUGGUUGUGCACAUUUUCAGUCUUUUGUUCGUAAGCCAUUUUUAUUACAGCAGCGAAAUCGACACAUGUUCAAUAAAUGUAAACCAGAAAAA